AUGGUCAACGAGGUGGAGGCGGAGUCGCCGUCUCGAUCAAGUACAAAAGGCGCACAGCGGUCAUCCACAACAUCCAUCCAGCUCCCUCUCACAUCUCCUUCUCAAAGCGCGUCAACAAAGAGAGAAAUGGAGUCUGACGGCCGAACGAAGGCCUACAAAUUCGUCGCCUAUGCGGCCGUCUCAUUCUCGAUUGUCGCUGUACUGUCUGUAGUACUCACAUUACCUAUGGUCUACAAUUAUGUGAACCAUGUACGACGACAAAUGCAACACGAAAUCUCCUUCUGCAAGGGAUCCGCUAAGGAUAUUUUCGCUGAGGUCAACUUUAUGAAAGCCCAUACCGGUCCCUCUGCUCCAAGAAAUCGUACUACCCGUCAGUCCGGCUACGGCGCCCCAGAAGUAAACCCAGCAGCAAAUCUCCAGUGCGAAGGCUGCUGUCUUCCCGGCCCACCUGGUCCUGCUGGAGUGCCCGGAAAGCCUGGAAAGCCCGGACGCCCUGGAGCACCUGGUACCCCUGGAGUACCCGGCAAGCCACCUACUGCACCAUGUGAGCCCACCACUCCACCACCAUGCAAACCAUGCCCACAGGGACCACCCGGACCUCCCGGACCUCCAGGACCACCAGGAGACCCAGGAGAGGCUGGAACCCCAGGACGCCCUGGAACCGAUGCACCCAACGGACAGCCCGGACCUCGUGGACCACCUGGACCAGCAGGAGAGCCUGGACAGCCCGGACCUCAAGGAGACCCAGGAGUGCCAGCACAGAGCGAGCCACUCACACCCGGAGCACCCGGAGAGCCCGGAGAUCCAGGACCACCAGGACCUCCUGGACCCCCUGGAGCACCCGGAAACGAUGGAGCACCUGGACCAGCUGGACCCAAAGGAGCCCCAGGACCAGACGGACCACCUGGAGUGGAUGGACAAGCCGGACCUCCAGGACCACCUGGACCACCUGGAAUUCCCGGAGAGAAAGGAAUCUGUCCCAAAUACUGUGCCAUCGAUGGUGGAGUGUUCUUCGAAGACGGAACUCGUCGUUAA